AUCCACACACACAAAGACUUAUAAUAAAAUCAAGAACCCUAAUAUCUAAAGAACGUACGUCAGGAUCAAACAUGGAGGGAGAAACCGCAGCCAAAGCAGCGGCUAGUUCCUCCUCAUCUCCAAGCCGGUACGAGUCACAAAAGAGGCGAGACUGGAACACUUUCCUUCAGUAUCUAAGGAACCACAAGCCACCUCUGAAUCUGUCUCGUUGUAGUGGCGCACACGUCCUUGAGUUCCUUAAGUACCUCGACCAGUUUGGUAAGACCAAAGUCCAUGCCACGGCUUGUCCCUUCUUCGGACAACCUAACCCACCGUCUCAGUGCACUUGCCCUCUCAAGCAAGCUUGGGGAAGCCUCGACGCUCUCAUCGGCCGUCUAAGGGCUGCUUUCGAGGAAAUCGGCGGUGGUCUUCCUGAGUCAAACCCUUUCGCUGCCAAGGCUGUUAGGAUCUAUCUUAAGGAAGUCCGUCAAACUCAGGCUAAGGCUCGAGGGAUUCCUUACGACAAGAAGAAACGGAAACGGCCUCACACAACCACGAAAACUCCAAUCGCCGGUGAUGGAGACGACGCCGGAGGAAGUAGUGGUGCUGCUUUGGUCGUAACCACUGCAACUACGGUAUAGUCGAGAAAAUCGAGUUACGCGACGCUAAGAUCUUAAAAGAAUUACGGUAUAGUAAUUCUUGAGUUCUUUACUUUCUAAAAUUCGGAUUUAUUGAUUAUAUAAUUUGUGAAAUUAAUUAUUUGAGAUGCA